GAAAAGCGACGUCAGUCGGCGCAGGACCGAUUUGCCGUGAGCGCAAGAGCGCGUCUCGCCGCCGUUCACGUGGUUAGGAACUCGUGCGCGCGAAAGUUGAUACCGCCGUCGAGCGACGAGAAGCUGGCUGCUCUUUCGCCAGAUCGAAAAUGGAAUACGACGCAUCGGAUCGGGACGCACGUCUCGCGCGGUAACCCGACAGGGAAAAGCCCUCGCGGGAAUACGCGAGAGAAACUGACGAAGCGACGACGGGGUGAAAGGAAGUGCAAGAGUCACGUCGAGGGUUGCGAACGGGACGAUUCCUCGAUUAUCCUUCGCAGGUUCCGUGCUCUUUUCGUUAAGUCCGCUGGUAUUAUCGACGCAAAAGUGACACACGGUGGACUGAAAGAGAUCGACUCGCACCAGAUAUGAUGAAUUAAGAGCGCGGAUUAUUAAUUGCAGAUAAUCCGAAUGUUUUAAGAAAUACAGUGCGAGGAAUAGAGAAAAUCGCGAGAUCGCUUUCUCGUACUGACAUAAUUGCGGCGUGACUCGGUGAUCCAUAUAAUUCGAGAUAUCUCAAUUCGACGGGCCGUUCGUUCGCCUGCAUGGUUCUUGAGAGAAUUCUGCGUCUGUGCAACAGGAAGAACGUGAUCUUCGUUAUUCUGUGCGCCGCGGUGAUCUACGUGCACCUGCUCGGCGCGGACGAGGAGAUAAAGUGUCGUGGACGAGGAGUGCGGUGUCGUGAGGACGAGGAGGCAUCGAGGUUCCUGAUCGCGCUGCAACUAUGCGGAAGGCGGUCUCCGUGCUCGCGUUGAUCGCACUCGCGUGUGACUUCUUCUCGCGCGAUGUUCUGGUCCACGGCGAUCUCGCCGGAAAGCCGGAAACUGCGGGACGAAGCGAUAGUUAUGAGCAUCAUCAGAAGGACGCACGCGACCAGUUCGACGACGCUGAAGUACCGCGAAGAGUCGUGGAGGAUCGGGAACGAGGACCGAACGAGCCCGUAGGGAAAUGGAGGAGCAACGGCGAGGCACUCGAGCCGAAGUGGCGCGAUGGCGAUUCCGUGCCUCUGUUGCCCUUCUCUCACUACCGGUCAUACUCGAGGGACGACGAGGUCGACGACGUCGAGCAGGACUCGCCCGAGGCGGCUCGUCGACCGCUCAAGUAUCGCUACGCCGCCAACCAGAAUCGUGCCCGAGGGAGAAGACUUCCGUUUGCGGAUGAAGAUGACUACGAGCCGAUGUAUCGCGGUCGCGACCACAACGACCCUGACGAGGACUAUCCGCGCAAGAGACGUCGUCCGCUGAAGAACCCGAACGACUCGGUGCUUCUCUACGAGGAGACGAUCGAGAAUGCGGCGAGCAACGAUGGAAAACGCGGCCGCAACACUGUUGGCGAUCCGCCCAAAGACGGCGAAAAGGAAGCCACCUCGGCGAGGUACCACGAGGCUUUCCAGGCUCGUCCGAACGAGUAUGAGCAUGAAUUCAGCGAUGAGGAAUACCUGAGGCCUCGCCCGAGGAAGAGGCGGCCACCGCAGAACUACGAGUUCGCUUUAGUGAACGAGGCUUCCUCCGAGGUAAACGAAGAGGUCACAGGUACUACGCAACCUCCGACGCACUUGAAGGAUCAAUCGAUUGCACAACCGUCAGACAACGCACGCCGCUCGGGGAACGCAUUCGAACUGAAGACGCUGCUGAAAAUGCAACAGGAGGAGGGUUCGAGCCUGUCGGAGAUUUUGCAACGCAGGAAUCUGACACUGAGCGAUCUGCUGAAGGGAAAGGCCGAUGUAAUCAAUGCCCUGAAGUCGAGGAUUGCCGACGAGUCCGACGAGUAUAUCGAGGAGAUGUCGAGGGUGAUGUCCAACUCGCUGAUGAAGCUCGCUGCCACAGUGUCACCGCCAUGGAGGUCCACGCAGGCGUCCACGUCGACGUCCGAAGCUAUUACGACCAAGUCUGCAACUUCAAGUAUCCCGAAUGACACGGGAUUCAAAAUAACAGUCGUCCCAGAUAACAUCUCGACGAAGAGUUACGACGAGGUGGCUUCAAAUGCCACGAGCAACACGACGGAGGAGGAACCGCAGAGUGCUGAGAGGAUGACGCAACGACAAACCGUGCACGACUCCUCGUGGCCAAAAUUGACCACUCCCCCGAGUCUCUCAAUCACUACAUCGACGUCAUUGCCUGUGGUUAACUCCAUGGAAUACUUCCUGAACGAUGACGGCAACGCGGGAUCGACGAGCGACCGCAGCGCAAAGUUUGAGAACCUCGACGAGGACGAGAUCAUGGAGUUCUCAGAUUUCACGGACUUCAAGAAGGCGAAGAGCUCGAUGACACCAGCUUGGCCGAGCGAAAAGAACACGCCACAACAAUCGUCGGCGAGAGAAACGGGAGAACCUCGUGACUUCGAAUCCACCUUGAGCAUCGAACAGAUUCUCAAUCCCACGGAACGCAUAGAAUUGACGAAAGACUGCGGCGACCAAGGCGACGACGUCGAGGAAUCCGAUGACAAAGAGGCGAGUCAAGACAACGUCCAAUCGAUCUCUAUCAGCGGACCCUUCGCGGAGGACUACAACGCGUUCCUCGAGGCCGAAUAUCAAAACGACGCUGCGCUGCGCUUCGGCGAAGACGACGGCAAACGAAACACCGUGAAAGCCGACGAUGACGUGAACAAGAACACCGCGAAUUCGGAGACGAACAAGAAACGAAUCGCUGACGAAAAGGAUGAAUUACACGAUAAGAAUCAUUCGAGCGAGUAUCACCGCGUAAGUCGACCAGAGAAAAACGGCGAUCGCGCGUUGGAGAACCAUCGGAUCGAGUCGAACAAUAGGCGCUACGAGGAGGUCGUCUCCGAGAUCGAGCCAGAGGCGCGAGCGGAGAUCUUCGAGUUGUUCGCGUCUGGGUCAGCCGGCAAGCGGCUGGAACGAUUGCUCAAGUCGCGAAACAUGAGCGUAGAGGAGCUAAUCGCGCUACGUCAGCGAGGCUCCAGCAAGGUUCAUCUGACGGAGGUGUCGCGGCUGCGAGUACCUGAGUCGAAGAAUCUUCAGACCUCGGAGACCUUCAGUCCGAACAACAGAGAUAUCGUCAUAUCAGUAGCGUCGUCGAAAGGUUCUAACGAACCUCUAAACCUCGCGGAUACGAAGAAGGAAGACGCGAGGGGAGAGAACGCAGAGAUUUCAACGAGCAGAGUGAAGCAGGAUAUCGUGAGCUAUCUGCACAACCCAUUCUUCGAUAAGGACGCGGAGAACACGUCGAUGUCGAGGUUGUUGAAUCUCGUGGAGCGCGACAGAAACGCGUCGAGGAAAGCGACAUUCGCGGACAACGAGGCGAGAGAUGACGACGAGCUGGAAGACUCCCGUCGGACGGUGCAGAUCGUCGACCUGUUGACAACCUUCGGCACCGUGCCUUUCGCGAAGGAAGUGCAGCGACAGUUCGAGUCCAACUUCGGCGGUGGCGAGGAACAUGUGUUGGAGACGAGACCUACCGUGAGCAACGACCACGCGAACAUAGUGUUGAUCAACGAGGAGGAGGAGACGAUCGUUCGAUCGAACAACUCUGCGAACGAGUUCCGCUCUGGAUACGUCAAGGAGAUCACGCGAGAGAACCCAAACACCGUCAACAUCAGAACCGUGUACGACGACGAAAUAGUGAAUAGUGCGAACGACAAGAGCGUCGUCGGUGAAGAGAAGAAGACCUUGUCGAAGGUGAAGCCGAGCAUAAUCGCGAGUGGUGCGAUUCUGGGCGUGACGAUCGUCGUAUUCCUGGCGAUCUUUAUCGUCUGCCGGAUACGGCAGAAGCAGAAGUACAUCUAUCGGAACACGUUCUCGCGAGCGGUGUUCCAGGGCCCGGUGUUGGCCGCGAGGAAACUCUCGAAUUCCAGCAGUCUCAGCACCGUGAUGGUCAACGUCGUCGCCACGUCGACGACCAAAAGACCUGAGCGAAUGGAAGCACAGGAAGCUGCGGAUGAAUUCGAUGGCAAGAGCGACAUAGACAACGACUCGUUGGACGCGAACGACAGCUGGGAGACGAUACCGGAUUACGCGAAGUGAUACACGGCUCGAUACGAGUUCACCUGACUUUAAAUCGAUCAUUACGCGCCGCUAGGUACCGACAGAACAAGCUGCAUUCUCGAGCUCCCACGUAUAGGAUAAGCUAUAUUUAUUUAUAUACAUACGUUUAUAUUGUAAGCGCUGUAUUUUAUAUAAAAGUGUAAAUCUUAUAUUCGAGAUGGUUUCGUAACUGCCCAUCCUCACGUGUGCCUAUUUCUACCAACAUCAACCUGAAUCUGAAUAAUUAAACCUAAGUCUAAAUUCUAGGGUCGUUUUCUCAAUAAUAGUUUGAACAUAGAUUUCAGUUUAAAUUCUGCUAUAACAAUGUAUUUGAUGCGCGUCUGAACAACGUUUAAACUUGAAUAUAAGUUUAAACUACUAUAGUUGCGUACUAGACGCUCUGGUUGGAGAGCGAGCGCCGGUUGCUAGAUGUCAAAAGGGCGUCGGACACCGAGAAGUGACGCGGGGUGAGUAUAGGUAAAUCCGGCAGGGCUUUUCACCCUCGGCGAUGGAGCGAGAGCAACUUGCCCGCUCGCGGUGCGAACGCGCGGAUGUAGUAGUUGAUCAAACCGGUGAACGACGGCUCUGAACGGAGCGGGAUCCGUGAAACGUGAGGAUGGGCGUAACGCCGCGAGCCGCUAGAGUCACGGAUGCUUAAGCCUAUCAAGAUGGCUUCCGCCGGUUCCUCCGCUGAGCAGACGUAGAUGUGAACGCGGCCGUAUAGGAGCGACUGCUCACUCUGACGACUAAGUCUCCUGGUUGACUUAGUUUGGUAUGCACGCGAUACUAGGAGAACGACCCUGGUCGCUCUGGUACGCCCCAAUGGCGAUAGCGUGUGUCAUGAGGACACGAUACUAUUAAGGCCGGUAAGUAAUCGGCCGAAGGAAGAUGCUUCCGUGGAAGACAAAACCGAAAGGAGAGAAAAUACCGACCGCAAGAUCCGAUUCGUGGCACACACGGCGCACGAUUAGAGCGCUCGACAAUACUGCUCUUGUCGAGGGUGCGCGCGAUAUCUGUAUUCCGGGAGAUAUCGCGAAGGGAAGCCUCCACCGUUUUGGAAACUCCGAGAAGAUCCGUAAUGGUCGCGCGAAUCCUCUCAAACGCCGAUCGUAUAGAGAGAAGUCGUGGAGUAACCUGAUUCUUCGCGCGAGGAAUGCCAACGUGUCUCAGACACUCUAAAGGCAAUAACCCAACAUGCUUACGCACUCUAAAGGGCCGUGGAGAAUAUUAUCCAAAAGAAUACCUCGUUGAGAAAAGACCUGAUGCGUACCGGCAAUCAGAAGGCCAAUGAGCACACUACUUCUAUACCGCCCGUGCUACCAGAGCGGUCUGGCCGUGCCUGUGCCGCGGCCGCUCUAAUAUAGCGUCCGCAAGCAGAAUUUACUCGCGGGUUCGCCUCGCGCAGUCAGGCGUGCCGCCUCGCGGUACGCGCCGCGAGUCACGGCGAGACCGGGUAGCGCGGUCGACGGCGAAAGAAUCGCCCCUAGCGCGAGGCAACGCGGCUCUGGCGCCGAAUCUCGGCGGCCGUCGAUCCCACCGGCGUUGCUCGUCGGAACACUACGGUGGGCUACGCCCGAUCCGCAACUAUUAAGAAAAAAAAAUCGGCCCUUAAGUUUCAAAUUUAAAUUCAAGCUUAAAUUCUGUUCUAACAAUGUAUUUAAUGUGUUUGAACAGAAUUUAAACUUAAAUCUAAGUUCAAACUACUAUUAAAAGAUCAGUUCUAAGUCUUUGUCUGAAGAGAAUUUAAAUUCAGGUUAAAGUUUAAUCGACAUUGGUGGGAACGGCACAGUGGAAAUUAGACAAUUCGCAAUAACUCACCAGUAUCUCUCAUAGGUGAAGGCAUCCCUGACUACUGCAGAAACGGCGUUAUUAUUGCUCUGGAACACUCUACUGAA